UCAGCAGCAGCAUCAGCAGCAGCAGCAUCCUCUCCUCUGUGUGGAAAGCUCUGCUUCAGCACACUCACACAGACCGCCAGCGAGGAUGCCGCCGGGAGGAUGCAGCGUAACAGUCCGAGCUGCGAGACAUUUCUGCUGAGAUAAGUCUGCCACCGAAAUGACAGCACAUUGCAAUUUAGACCAGAAUCAGCACUAAAGAAGAGGGGGACAAAAACUCAUCAGUUGCCUAAUUUCAACUUGAUAGAGGAGCAUGUGAGCUGCACGGAUCUGUAGAAGUUGGAUUGUCUCAAAUGUUAAUGCCAUGACUCUUGACUUCGGAAAAGAUUACAAGCGCAUUGCUGCCCGCGUGCAGUGUUUAAGCAAAAAAAAAAAGGACUUUUCUUUAGUCCAGAUUGUGUGUCUUAUCUGAUCAACAUGUGGCAUUUAAAGAUUAGGAAUCCAUCCGAGGCUAUGGAGGAGUAUUGAGCCCAUAAGAACCCAUGGGUGCUGCUUAUUAUUUACAGUAAUGGAAUGAAGACACUAUCCAGAUAUGAUGGAUGAUAGACCCAGUAAGCUCAUCUUGGUUCCUAUUUUAGCCGUGCUUUUUGUUAUGAUAGGUUACCAGUACAUAUGCCCCGCUGGCAGCCACUCGUGCCACUUUAAGGCUGGGGAGAAAUUGAGGGGGGUGAGCCUACUUUCCACCCCGAACAUGGACAGCGAUGAUUUCUACAGAGAUCAAGACCUGGAGGAUGACAGCCCGCCUAAGGUGCCGUCAAAAUUCAACUUCACCGAGAGAGACCUUGGCAGACACGUGGAGUUCAACAUCAAAGGGGACGACGUGAUAGUGUUUCUGCACAUCCAGAAGACCGGAGGAACCACUUUCGGGAGACAUUUGGUGAGGAAUAUUCGCUUGGAGCAGCCGUGCGACUGCAAGCCAGGACAGAAAAAAUGCACAUGCCACCGGCCAGGGAAAGAGGAGUCCUGGCUCUUCUCCCGGUUCUCUACCGGCUGGAGCUGCGGACUGCAUGCAGACUGGACCGAGCUUACGAACUGUGUACCUGUCCUUAUGGAUAAGAAGGAGGCCCAGACGAAUAAAAGGAACUUUUACUACAUCACCAUGCUGCGUGACCCGGUCUCCCGCUACCUGAGUGAGUGGAAACACGUCCAGCGUGGAGCCACAUGGAAGACCGCCCUCCAUAUGUGUGACGGACGAUCGCCCACCCAGGACGAGCUGCCCAACUGCUACAACGGAGACGACUGGUCCGGUGUCACCCUGAACGACUUCAUGAACUGCCCGUCCAACCUGGCCAACAACCGGCAGGUGCGCAUGCUGGCCGACCUGAGUCUGGUCGGCUGCUACAACCUGUCCUCCAUGAACGAGAGUCAACGCGAUCACAUCCUCCUGAGCAGCGCCAUGAGCAACCUGAAGAACAUGGCCUUCUACGGCCUCACUGAGUUCCAACGCAAGACGCAGUACCUGUUUGAGCGGACGUUCAGCCUGCGCUUCAUCGCCGCCUUCACGCAGAUCAACAGCACGCGAGCCGCCAACGUGGAUUUAAGCGAGCAGGUGCGCAGACGCAUCGAGGAACUCAACUUCCUGGACGUGCAGCUGUACGAGUACGCCAAGGACCUGUUCCUCCAGAGAUUCCAGUACAGCCGCCAGAGGGAGCACCAGGAGGUGCGCUUGAAGAGGCGGGAGGAGAGGCGCUGGCUGCGGGAGCAAAAAGAGCAAAACAGGGCUCCUAAACACAAAGGGGGAGGGAACAGAGGAGGAAGGAGGGAAGGAGACUUUGAGAAGGAGGGGGACUUUCCCACCACCACUGAGGACUACACGAGCCAGGUGGCCCGCUGGUGAGG